AUGAUCCGGCUCUUCUUCUCUCUUUCCCUCGUUCUCCUCCAUUCGCACUCUGUCUCUUCUGAUAAAUGCGCCGACGUCUCCAAUGACUGCCGGAUUAUUGCCGUCAAAUGUUUGUCGCCGAAUCGAAUCGAGCAGAAGCUGAUGGAAGUGGCGUGCCCGUUGACUUGCGGAUAUUGUCUCGAUUCGAAAGCGGAGACGACGACGAUCUCUUCUGAAAAGGGAAUUGUUCCUGCAAAGUGUAUGGAUGAGGCCGACGACUGUGCGGACAGAGCCAACUUUUGUCAGAGGAAGUUCUACAAACGGAUGAUGAGUUUGCAGUGAGUGGAAGGGGAACGCCCGUUUCAGUUGACAUAAAAAUAUAUUCAGAUGUGCGAAAACAUGCAAAUUCUGUGAUCCAGAUGAAGAAUACGAAGAAGAGGAAAUAGUGGACAGCAGGGAAACGCAUCUCUUGAACUUGAAAUCAAGUAAGUUUCAUCUGUGUUGUUCCGUUCGAUUCCAACUUUUCCAGAAAUGGGCGAAGAAGCAGUUCAAAAGCUGGAAAGUUUGAAAAUGGUGGACAAUGUUAUCAAUUUGAUGCGAAAUUCUACCAAAACUGAAGGGAAACCGCGAAAAUUCUCGAAGAACGUUGUAAAUGUUUCAUCAGAAACGACUGAUCAGGAAGAGUGUGUGGAUCGGGCGGGAGAUUGCGAACGAAACCAGAAGCUGUGCACUCACAAAGCGUAUUCAGCACUCUUCCGGAAGAUUUGUGCGAAGACAUGUGAAUACUGCGGUCUGUCCGAUUCUACAAGUGACGUAGAUUUCUCCGGGGAGCUUUUCUAG